AUGUUUGGCUUUACUUUAUGCCAAGGCUUGACAGAUAAUAUAUCAAUAGGAGUUGGGGGCUAUCCAGAAGGCCACCCCGAUUGUCCAACAAUUGAGGAAGAUAUACAGCAUCUCAAAGAAAAGGUGAAUGCAGGUGCGGAUUUUAUAAUCACUCAACUUUGCUUCUCGGCGGAAACUAUAAUUAAUUUCAUUAAAAAUUGUCGGGAAAAUGACAUCAACGUUCCUAUCAUCGUCGGUAUUUAUUCUCCAGAAAACUAUCGUACCUUAAUACGUUUAAUGGAGAUAACUAAAGUUACCAUGUCUUCAGAACAACUUGCUGAGUACAGACAACAUAGACACAAUCCAACAAAAUUUCAGGAGUUUGCAGUACAGAAGACUUUAGAAAUGAUCACGGAAAUAUUCGAUAGCGAUAUUGGCGUUUAUGGCUUGCAAUUUUUUUCACUUAAUAAAUUUAAUAAUAUUAAAGCAAUUUUACAAGAAAUGAAUGCAUUGGAAAAUAGAAUUGAAUGA